UUAUAAUAAGUAAGAUUAAAAAAUGGUAAAAUAGGAUUUCCGAAAAUAAAAGGCGGGCUAAAAAAAUUUAAGCGGCAAACAAAAAAUAGUGAUAUACUUUUCCUCAAAUCCCAUUCUCUCUCUCUAUCUCUCUCUCUCUCUAUCGCUCCUCAUUAUUUUCUCUCGCCUAAAUUACUUUGUUUGAAAGCUUCUCCAUCACAUAUCUUCACCUCCACCAACAAAUACUAAUCCUAAACAUGAACGCAUCUUCAUAUUCCAUUUUCCUUCUCUCUCUACGCUCUAAGCUCCACCAUCACGAUCUCUCUCUCUCUUGCGAUCUCAGCCAAGAAGUCCUUGCCGGCUCCGUUUCCCGCCGAGUCCAGGCUCUUGCCAAUAGAGAACAAGCCAACAAAAAAUUGGACCUCUUUGUUCCGUAUACUAUUCUACCACUUGAUCAUGGAGGAAGGCAAUGUUGCCAACCAGAUGGAGCAUCUAAUUCUUCUCCUUGCCAAUAUUCACAUUCGGAAAGCUAAUAAGCAGUCUGUCUUGAAGUCAGAAGAUGUUGUUGUGGAUGAGUUAAUGAGGAAGUUCUUCAAAAAUUAUACAAACUGGUGCAAAUUCUUGCCAAGAAAAAGCAACAUUCGGGAGCUUAUGGAAAUUUCGUGUAUCAUUAUUAGUGAUAGCCAGCUCAGGAACGCUUGGAAAUUUAUGGAGUUUAUGGUUGCCAUAUUUCUGAAUCACCUUGCUCUUGAUGGUUUUUUAAGUGAUAAAAAUAAAAAGGUAAGGGCAAAGACUGAGUCAACCAACCAUGAGUACGGAGAGCGUGAAGCGACGCGUACAUGUUUGGCCUGCCCGACUGCUUUGGUUGGGGGUUUAUUUGAAAAUGGCUACAGAAAAUGUAGAAAGGAAAGGUGUUUGCCUUUUUUUUUAAUAAUCAAAAAGAUCAUGACAAGGCGACCUUUGGUCUUGCAGCUUGACAAGACAAACGAGGGAGCUGAGAAAUACGCCGAGUUUCUUCACCUUUGCAAGAGGAGAUUCACAGAUUUUGGAAUUGAUGUUCAGUUUUUAAGUUACAUAAUUAUUUUGCCAAAACUUGAGAAGAGAGCUGGCAAUUAGGAGUCAGAAAAUCUGAGGUCAAAUUUAGGAUGCUUUGAGAACUUUUUUACUGCAAAAGAUUGAUAAUCUAGCCAAAGGUGAUAAGUGCCAAAUAACAAUGAUAUCAACUUGGGCAACUGAAUUAUACUUUGACAAGCUUUUAUUCCCCACACCCCUUUUUUUUUUUUGUGUGUGUGUGUGUUUGUGUGUGCACACAUAAAGUUUGGAUUUAAGAACUCUUAUUUCUCUCUUUAUUUUUUGUCCUGCUGCCUAGAUGGGUUACAGAUUUUUAUCCAAAAUGAAAUAUUAUAAAAAAAAUUGCAUAAUGACUAAAAAAAGGGAGCAGAAAUUUCCCCAAAAGAAAAAGUAUUCUAACACAAACAAACCAAUAGUACAACUCAGCAUAAAAAAACUAACUUAUCUGAUAGAUAUGAGUUCUAACUUUGUGAACACAGAAUUAUACAUAUUAGCAUUUAUGGCAGAGCAUUUUGAUUUUACUUUCCUGUAUCUUAUAGUGUCAGGAUCUUAAUAUUGAGUUGCAAAGGAUAGUCUGGCAAUGUGGGGAUUUUUAUAUUAUUAUUUUAUAUAGUUGUUCGAUCUCACUAGAUUAGCAUGAUUAGUGAUACUGAUUUUUAUAGUUAGAAAUGGCAGUACUUUUUGAUUAGCAUGAUUAGUGAUACUGUAGUGUACUGUGCAUGAUUAGCAUGCUAUGAGACUGUAUUAUAUUUUAUGUACUUGUAUAAAUGUAUAUAUUUCCAUGCUUAAGACGACCAUGUCAAUCCUUUAGGCUUUCUUCAAGCGUUUGGAUUUGUGCUUAUCUCAUUAUUAGUUUUUAUUUCUUUCAAAUUUGUGAUCAGUUUCUGAUGGGUGCAUUGUGUAACUAUCAGAUUUUGCUUGGUUUUAUUUUCUGAUGGAAUUUACAGUUGCUGAUAGAUUUUUGGGACCAAGGACUAGUUCUUUCGUUAAUCUUUGAAGAUGCUUCAUUUUCCAUCUUUUAUAUUCGAUGAUAAUGCAUAACAAAGUUUGCAUGUUUAAUAAACGUGUGUAAGUAUACACACACACAUGCAUCACAUAGUUUUGACUAGUGGUCAUCAUUUUAAUUAGUUUCUUCAUUUAUCCUUGUUCACUUCAUGAAGACCUUAAAAUAAUAAUACAAACAGAUAAGUAUUUAUCUUAGUUUUCCAUAUGGAUUCAUGGGUUUUUUUUUUUUUGUUAUAACUGAGUUGGAAGUAAAAUCAUUUGGAUUACAUGUUUGCAUUUGGUUAUGUUGUUGCUGUCAUUGGCCUAUGCUCCAUCAUAAUUAGUGGAAUCUUGUCAUUUUUUGCUUAUUAUUUUUUUUCAUUUGCUUAAAGCAAUUUUCUAUACCAAUUGCCAAUUAUUUGUUUGAAUUCCCCCCUUGUCAUUGUAUAUAUAGUCCAAAUCCAAUAAAUCUAUAAAUUGGACUUGCCACUGUUAUAUGCCCUUACCAUUGUUAUUUACAUGAAUUCUAGUUUUACUCCAGUCAUUGGUUCAUAAACGAGAAAUUAAUUCCACAAAUCUAUGUUGACUAGUAGUUUGGUUUAGAGAAAAGUUUUGCAUUUAAUCAACUAGACUAUGUUUUUAUUUGUUCUGGUUCAUCAACUUGGCUAAUGGCAUAUCCACUAAUUAAAUAUCUAUGAGCUGAGUACUCAAGUCUCAAAGCAUCUUAUUAAUUUAAGUAUUACUAGUAAAUAGUUGUUUGCAUCUGAUUUCAAUUUGGCUGGUGCCUUGUUACUUAAUGAAAUUCUUUGAUGAUAUUUCUUAUGAAUAGUCUAAACAUGUGCUCUAACUAUCUUUGAUAGAUAAUGCUCUGUUGAGGUUAGGUUUCUUCAUUCAUGUUUUGUCUAGUGCAACUUAAGCAGUUUAUUCAUUUUAGGCUUAUUGUUCAGAAACUUUAACCCAAGGUUCCUGCACUAGCAAUUAAAAUCAUUGAAGAGAAACCAUUCGUUUGAGCAGCUUUUAUUCACACUUUAAUUGUAAACAUGUUUAAUUUAUUAAGUAUGUUUGACAGUGGUUAUUGUAAUCUUAGUGAUGACUAAGUGAUUAUAAUGCAUUUAUAUAGUAAAUACAAGAGGUGCACAAGAAAGCAAGGUAAUCCUAGUGAUGACUAAGCUUCGACUCUGCUGUAUGAACUUACUUAUGUCAAUAUUAUCUUCUGCUUUAGUGGCAGCUAUGAUUAUGGCAGUGAAAACAUUUGAUAACUACUGAAUUUAAAUUGGAUUUUUUUUUGUCGAUAAUAGAUACUUGUGAUAGACUUUGAAUUCUUUAGUUUGGACUAUUAGGAACUGGUGUAGUGCUAUGAAUGUAUGGCCUUCCCUUAUUGUUGAGACAUGCAAUGCUUCUGAUCUCCAUGGAUAUACUGUCAGAGCUUUAUACAGGGCAUUCUAACAUCAUCUGAACAGGCUGAUAUGACCAUGUUAGAAGACAAACUACCAACAAAAAGAUGACUUUCAUCAGCCUUUGUCAAGGUUUAUUGAGAUGAUUUCUUUGGAGCAAUUCUUGACAACAUUUGUAGUUGAGGCCUUUAGAAUGGAAGAAUGUAUUUCACUAAUUUUUGUAUACAUUUCUUGUUUUGUAUUUAGUGAUAAAGGAAUCUGAAUUGGGCAUAAAUUAUGUUGUAAUAUGAUUUAUUAAGCCUAGACUAGUAGACUAAAUAUCGUAAUUACAUUUGAGUAAUUAAUAAAAAUCUAUUUAUGUUA